AUGGCCGACCCGACCGCGCAACCGCCCGUCGAGGCAGCAGCACCGCCUGAGGGAGAAGAAGAACAGACCACGGCCACCACGACCUCGAGCAAAAAGAACUGGCCGGCGCCGUAUUACUACGAGAACGGGCUGAGACGCGUCAAACCGUACCAUUUCACAUACAAUACCUUCUGCAAGGAACGGUGGCGCAAUCGCGAGUUGGUCGAUAUCUUCAUUUCGGAACAAGCACUCAUCGACGGAAAAGUGACGGUCGACAAGAAAGCCGUGGGCCCGCACCACAUCGUCAAGAACGGCGAAGUGAUCUCGCAUACCCUGCAUCGCCAUGAACCGCCCGUCACGGCCAACGAGAUCGGCGUCGUCCACGAAGACGACGACCUCUUGGUCAUUGACAAGCCGGCCGGUGUCCCCGUGCACGCCGCCGGUCGGUACUACUAUAACUCAAUCAUUGAGAUCCUGCGCCACCAGCAUAACAUCGACUGGACGCCGAGGCCGUGUAAUCGGCUCGAUCGCCUGACGUCGGGGGUCAUGUUUAUCGGGAAGAAUCCGAAAGGCGCGGAGAAGAUGGCGGGGAAGUUGAAGCAACGGACUGUGCAGAAGGAGUACGUCGCGAGAGUCAAGGGGAAGUUUCCCGACGGGGUGGUUAUCUGUGAUCAACCGAUUAUGUCGGUUAGUCCGAAGGUCGGGUUGAAUCGUGUCAGAGCCACGGGGAAGGAAGCGACUACGAAGUUCCGCCGGUUGGCGUAUUAUCCGCCCCCGAUGGAGGGACAGUUGUCGGGUCCUCGGCCAGCCUCGCGCGAUGGGGACGGGAGUCGACCCGCGACGCCGCCGCCGAUGCUCUCGAAUGAGACGGAGGGAUACAGUAUCGUGCACUGUCUGCCGCUAACGGGUCGCACGCAUCAGAUCCGCGUGCACUUGCAGUUCUUGGGCCACCCGAUCACGAACGAUCCGAUCUACUCGAACCGGCGCGUGUUUGGGCCGGAGCUGGGCAAGAUGGAGGAGGGCGGGGAGCGCGACGACGAGAUCAUCGAGCGGUUGAAUACGAUGGGCAAGACCGGGACGCCGGACACGGUGAGCUACAAGACGCAUUUCACUGCCGCGCCGAUGGUUCCGCCGGGCACCGACUCGUCCGUGGUCGAGCAGAUUAUGUCCAAGGAGCACGAGGACGCCGUGGCUCGGUAUCAUCAGCGCAAGGGGGAGAUGCUGUCCGGCGAGACCUGUGACGUCUGCGGCACUGAACUCUAUACUGAUCCCGGCCUGCAUGACCUGGGUAUCUUCUUGCAUGCCGUGGCCUACUCGGAUAACGAGGGCGAGUGGAAAUAUCGUAGCAAGAUGCCGCAGUGGGGACUGCCGCCGGCUGGAUUGGAUGGGCCUCGCGAGGUUCCCGAUUGGAUCCCUGUGCCGCCGGAAGAAGAGGUGGUGAUCGGACAUGGUACGAUUCCGGAGGGAUUGGACGGCGAGGAAACCAACGUACCGGCUCUGGUGAGAGGUGUGGGCUUGGUGGAUAUUUCAUCGGCGAGGCAGCAGCAGGAGCAGCCGGCGGAGGCGGGGGUUUAA